AUGAUCAAAAUUCUGUGUACCUACAAUUUGCAUGCGUUUAUUGAUGAGCCUCAUUUUCAGUUCCCUAUUGAUUGGAACAGCAAGACACAGAAAUCCAAAGCAAGUUCUUGGUAUUUGCGUCCAUUCUACAUGUUGAGUUGUCAGUACUUGGAACUCUUGGGCGUUCCCUCCAAUGAAACUACUCAGCACUGCGGUCUUUAUGUAUCUCUAGCCACAACUUUGGCUCUGGCCAUGACCCCUCUCCACUACCGCCUCAGUCAGGAGUUACUCUACAACAGAUAUACCAUCCAAGAGCUACAGACUCUGGCUCCAGCCAUUGAUUGGCCUUGCCUACAAGCCACAUUUCAGCCUCUUCCUAUCAGCCAAUCAGAUCUUUUUUUAGUCUACAAUCUCCCGUAUAUUAUCCACAUGUCCCAGACAAUCAGUAAAUGGCAAGUCCUGCAUGAGAUGAUGGGCACGGGUCCACUUCAUACAUACAUGAUCUUUAGUUUUUUCCACACACUCAUUCCUGCGCUGGACUCGAGGUUCUUCCAAACAAUGAGAAACUUUUCCAUUGCAUCUGGAGACACACAAGAGGAGAUGCCACGCUGGUUGCGAUGCGUUCAGCAGACGGAGCGAGGGUUUGACACUCUACUCAGUCAUGCAAUUAGACAUAGACAUGCACAGAAAGAGGCUGAAGAGUUGAUUCAUGAUGUUUAUUCAUCCCUCGAGAAAAAACUAACAGAUUUGAUCUGGAGGGAUGACAGAUCAUCAGCCUUUAUUUUGAAGAAGAUAAAAUCUCUCAAUCCAAGACUCUCCGCUAAAAUAAAUAACCUCAGUCAUGCAGAACUCAACCAUAUCUAUGAAAAGGUGGUUUUAAAUGAGGAGGAUUUUUUCACCAACUACCUGCAGAUGCUGGUGCUGGAGCAGAAGAGCAGGAGCAGACUGCUCUCACAUGGCACACAGACUGAUGGAUUGUCUAUCACUCCAUCCAUCUCUGGAAAUGACAUCAUCAUCCCUGUUGGAAUGUUCGUGUCACCCUUCUUCCAUUCCUCAUAUCCCAGGGCAGUGAAUUAUGGCACACUGGGAUCUCUGAUGGCUAAAGAUCUUCUUCACCUUCUGCUCCCUGAUAUCCACACACAGGCCAACAAUCCAGUGUCAGAGAGCAUGUGCAUAUGGUCUCAUUAUCAGAGUGUGAACAAGGAUCCAGGACGGGUCGGCACAUUCUCUCUUUCCUCCUCUGAACAGCAGGAGGUUUGGGUGCAGUACUCUGCUCUACAAGUGGCACUGGAUGCUUAUAAGAUGAGUUUCACAAGGCAUCCAGAAGACUCAUCUCUAUCGGGCCUCUCUUACAUUCACCUGUUCCUCUCUUCCUUUACUAAGGUAACGUGUGAUGCUGACUCGUACCGUGAGUUCAUGCCCUUUGAACCCUCCUUCUUGGUGACAGUCCUGUGUUCAAACUCACGCUUCUGCCCCGAACCACUGAGCUGUGUGAAUAAAUCUCAGAGUCAUCCUAGUGAGAUGUGUCAGAGUCAAACGCUGCACUGAAUCUGAGAGGAACUCUUUUCCGCUGAGACCUGUUGGAGCUAGUUUGGGACUGUUGAACCAUUGGAGCUGCUCACUGUUUAGUAAAAAAAAGAGAAGGUCAUUCCAGAGAUCAUAAAACUUUUGAUAUGCACUUGUUAAGGAAUGGGUUUAGAAAUGUCAGGUCACAUACAUUUAAGCAAUAUUAUCACAUUUGAUAACUCAUCUACAGUAUGACGAACAGUUAAAGCCUGCUUGGUGGAUAUGAUCUCUCACAGCACUUUGAAAAUUUACCAUGUUUUUACUAUAGUGUUAAUUUUUGGAGGA